CGUCAUUUUGAGGUGCCGUGUUCAUUUCCGGCGAAGUGUUGUUGUUUUUGUCAUUUCCUUGGUUCAUAAGUUGAAUUGGUUACAUCUCAUUGCAUCUUUUCUCAUAGAAGAUUUCUUGUUGGGGAGAGUCUACAUCAGUAAUAACGAUCAACAUCAAGAAAGUGAAAAUGCCUCUUCAGCGACAAAUACCUAAUUUUAUUCUGAAAAGCACCAGCAAAAUUUCUUUAAAUGAGCGAUUCUCCAACCUAAGAAAGAGUCCUGUGGUGGCUCAGGCAUCUGUGCAGAGGGUGCGCCAGAAUGCCCAACAGCAAUCCGUAGCAUCGGUGCGCAACCGUCGCCUCGCCCAACAAAUGGAAAAUCGUCCAAGUGUAGUCCAUGCACUAAGAGGACGGGGAAAGGUUCAGAGCAGACUUGGGAGCACUGGAAAUAUUAAGUCCAGACUGACCUUGCCAGCAGGAAGAGGCCGUGGUGCAGUGGGUGCCAGGAGGGGUAUGCGUGGUGUUGGCAGAGGAGCGAUGAGAGGUGCAGGUGAUGCUGUGGGCCAGAGGGGAGGCUUGCGUGGUAGAAUGUCUGGAUAUUAUCCACGUGGUGUUGCUCGUUUCGGUGUCGGCAAUCGGGGAAGAGGAUCAGGUUUUAGUCGUGGUCGUGGCUAUGCUGGUGCUCAGGUUACAGUCCAUAGUGGAACUUGGACGAGAGGAGGAAAGGUGGAAAAUCGAGGUGCAUUCAGAGGCGCUACAAGAGGUCGGGGUCGGGGAGGUAUGAGAGGCGCGGGCCGCGGAGGGCGAGGAAGAGGCCAGAGAACAGACAUGAGCCGGGAGCAACUUGACACGCAAUUGGACGCAUACAUGUCGAAAACAAAGUCGACGCUAGAUGGCGAUCUAGAUCUGUAUAUGGGCACUUUGGACUAACGGAUGAGCUUUACAGUUACUGUGUAGGUCACGGACGUCUUCAUGUCAUCGUCGAUGAACCAGCAGGCGUGAACCCAAGUCAUUGCUGCUCAUAUGAGAACUACUUGUUGGUGUAUUUCUAGUGAGGUACAGCCGUGAUUUUCACUAGAUCAUGAUUUUGCAUGUUUCUUCACAAUGCUGGUUUUACGGACAGCAGUGAUUUACCAGGUCAGUUUAUCCUGUCCAGGUAAAGGGAUGUUUGCAUGCAUUAUACAUGAUUGUGUGCCUUGUGUAUCUGUGUGGGUGAGACCUGCAGAGAUGUGGAUAUUUGAAGACAAUUCUCAUUCCAUUGGUAACAACAUCGUCAUGGAGUGUAAUUUUUGUUGUUCACGCACAUAGUAUAGCACGUUUAACGAACAGGAUAUGAAUGUCAAUCAAAAAAUGUCUGCUGUUUUACUCUAUGGUUUAUCCCAAGAUUGAACGUAUUAUGAGAGAAGCUGAUUAGCCUGUAAAUACCUUCAUAUCGGCGUCUUUGUUUAUUUGUUUUAUCCUUUUAUUGGAAGUGAGUUCAAGUGUACCAUAGUGUAACAAACGCAGACAUAAAACGCGAGUCAGCGAAGUCUUUUUAAUGUGCACUAUUCUAAUUAAGACAUAAUUCGCUUAGAAAAUCAUUUCUGGCCAUUUGCCGUAUGUGAACCAUCUUGCUUAUAUCAUUCAAAGUGGCAUCUUUUAUAAUAAAAUGAACGUUUCCAGUA